CUCUGCAGGAAACGGCCGCUGCCGUUGCAUCACCAGUUUACACGCAGAGCCGAGCUGCAGUUUCCUCGCGGAACACGGGAAGGAAACUGCGCGCUUGCUUAGUUGUCACCGCCGCCGCCGCCGCCGCCAUGGCCCAGUUCUUUUCGCUGACCGAUUGCGAAGUGAUCGCCUUCGAUCUGGACCACACGCUGUGUCGCUACAACCUGGUGGAGAGCGCCCGGCUUAUAUAUGACAGCUUCGCUCAGUACAUGGUGAAAAGAAAAGGAUAUAGUAAAGAACUUCUGAAUGUGAUGCCUGAACACUGGGAUUUCUGCUGCAAGGGCUUGGUUCUGGACUUGGAAGAAGGGAACUUUCUUAAACUUUCAGAUGAUGGAACUAUUUUGAGGGCAAGUCAUGGUACAAAACGUAUGACUUCUGGAGAGAUCUUGGACAAAUAUGGAAGGAGGGAGUGGAAACACUUUAAGACAAUGAGCGGAAUGAUUUCUCGUUCAGCUAAAUACUAUGCCUAUGACAAUUACUUUGAUCUGCCCGGGUCACUUCUUUGUGGACGGAUUGUGGAUGGUUUAGACAAACACAGCUCUAGAAGAAAAUAUGACUUCUGGAAGGAUAUGGUUGGUGCCAUACAGCAUAAUUAUAAAACAUCAGCUUUUAAAGAAAACUGUGGAAUGUACUUUCCUGAAGUGAAAAGCAACCCAGGAAAAUAUAUACAGCCUUGUCCUGAUUCUGUCAAAAAAUGGUUAAGAAAAUUGAAGGAGAGUGGAAAGAUUCUGCUAUUAAUUACCAGCUCUCAUUCUGACUAUUGCAGACUCUUAUGCGAGUACAUUUUGGGGAAAGAUUUUGAAGACCUUUUUGACAUUAUCAUCACAAAUGCCCUGAAACCUGGUUUUUUUUCUCAGACACCAAAUCAAAGACCUUUCCGGACUCUGGAGAAUGACGAGGAACAAGAAGCUCUCCCAGUCCUGGACAAACCUGGCUGGUACUCUCAAGGUAACUCGACCCAUUUGUAUGAGUUGCUGAAGAAGAUGACUGGCAAAGUAGAACCAAAGGUCGUUUACUUUGGUGAUAGCAUGCACUCAGAUAUUUUCUCAGCUCAUCACUAUUGUAACUGGGAGACUGUCCUUAUUUUGGAAGAGCUUGGAGGGGAUGAUGCGGUGGUACAUACAGAGUCACGGUCUGAACCCUUAGAGAAGAAAGGAAAGUAUGAGGGACGUCAACCCAAAGCUCUCCGUUCUGUUUCUAAACAGUGGGGUUCUUUCUUUGCGGAUACUAUUUCAGGAAAAGGAAAAGAAGAGGAAAUCUUAGUAAAUACAUGGUCUUGCAAAUCUGUUCAUGCUUAUAGCACAAUUACAAUCCCAAGCAUUGAAGCCAUAGCAGAUUUACCUCUGGAUUAUCAAUUUGGUAGAUUUUCUUCAAAUAACUCAAUAACUACUGGUUACUACCCCAAACCUCCAAAGUCGUUGUCAUGUGGGGAGCGAAUGGCAACCAAAUAAAGCAUCUUUAAAGAAAAGUAAAUCUGAAUCUUCAUCAUGCUUAAGCAAAAAUGUUGGAAGCUAUCAAGAAUCAUGCAAAUCAAAUACUAUAUAAAUUCAAAAGACAUUUUGGAAGGGACCUAACCAGACUGAAGAAAAAAAAACUUUCUAUUUUCCUAUUGAUUGUGAUACAUCCAUCUACUGUCUAAAUAACAUUUUCUGUUUUCUGAAGAUUUGCUGCAGACUUAUAAUCAUAUCCUGUUACCUAUGUCAGUCAGUUCAUGCAUUACAUGGACACUUUAUAUCCAUAAUAACACAAGGGGAGCAUGUACUGUUAACUGUGAGCAAUAUUCUAUGAUAAGAGAGCUUUGUACAUACUUAAUCCUGGUGUGAGGUCCAAUUCCAUCAUUCUUCAUACUGAAAAAAGUGGUAAAUAUGUGUGAAUAAGUUUGAUAGAUUUAGGAUUAUGAGGAUUAUGCAGGAAGGGCUGAUUGUAGCAAUUCCUCCACAAUGAGGAAGGAUAACAAUUAGCCUUUCAUUUCAAAGUCUGAUUAAAUUUGGUAGUGUGAAAUACUAGCAUUCAAACCUGUCAAAUUAAGUGAAUCGACCUUUAGAAAAUCUGUUCUGAGAAAUAUAUUAUUAGCCUGAUUAAGAUGCUGAACAUUGUUUUGCUGCUAGACAUUUUCCUGUUCGGUAAAGUGCCCUUGCCACUGGCAUUUUAAAAAAAAGCACCUAGUUUACCUCACCUUUUGUGAGCUUUCUUCCAGGAUGGUAUCUCCCUUUCUUACAUCGUCUUUCUUUUUUGUAAAAGGAAAUCUGUAAUUGUUUUAGAAAAAUAGCCUGGAAUUCAAAUUUGUAAAAAAGAAAUAGUAUAUUGGGAUUAUGAAAUUACAGUAUUCUGAAUCUUCUAAGAUUCAAAAAUUAGUUUUUACAUUAUUCUGAUACUAGAAUGUGCUUGUCUAUUCAGAAGAGAACGCUAUUCAAAUUAGUUGAGUUUACUCUCUCCUAAGUAGCCAUAGGAUUGCAAUUAAGUCUGCAGUCUUAUGAGCAUAUAGAAAUAAAUGUUACAGUUCAAGUCUAAUUAAAUAAGUCUAGGACUAUACCAUAAGCAAGCCAAUGUUUAUGUCCAUUAGUGUUUUCUCAGCAAGAUAAACCUUGGUAUGUUGGAUUACAUUCAACUUUUCUUGCAUGUGGACUACUCCCUCAGAAAGGGUGAUCUGUUAGUAUAAAUCACAGUUCAAGGAUCUGGUAGUAUAAACUUGAAAUGUCAUGAUUUCUGAAGCCUUCCAUCUGCUUUGGCAGUUCUCAUUUGUAUGAAGUUGAAAAUAAAGGUUAUUUAUUCUUCAGCA